AGUAUUUUAUAUGAGUGUUAAGUAUUAUAUCUAAAGCGCUCUUCGGCGAUAAAAGGGAACUAAAACGUGCACUUCCGUAACGCUAAGGAUACACGCGGCAUAAUAUGUCAAAAGACUGGUAAAACAAAUAAUUGACAACAAUUGUAGAAUAAAAUGACAAAAUCAUACACCAAAAUCGUCAGCGAAGCUGAUGGACGCAAAAUGAUGGCCCAGGCCGCAUCGGAGGAUUAUGAUACAAACCUUAGGUACAGAACCAUUGGUGGAGUUAAGGGACCUCUGGUCAUUCUGGAAAAUGUAAGGUGUCCUAAAUAUGCUGAAAUGGUAAAUAUUAAUCUCGGUGAUGGGACCACAAGGCGCGGUCAAGUAUUAGAAGUUAGGGGCAAUGUUGCAGUUGUGCAGGUGUUUGAGGGUACAGCCGGUAUCGACAACCGUAGCUGUAGCGUAGACAUGACGGGAGAUGUCUUGAAGAUGGGUGUUAGUGAGGAUAUCUUAGGUCGCGUUUUUAACGGAAGUGGAAAGCCUGUAGAUGGUGGACCACGUAUCCUGGCAGACGAUUAUGUAGAUGUCAACGGCCAAGCCAUUAAUCCCAUGUGUCGUCUGCACCCGAGGGAAAUGUUGGAAACAGGUAUAUCUACCAUUGACAUUAUGAGCUCUAUCGUUUUGGGACAAAAGAUUCCUCUGUUCUCAGCUGCCGGGCUACCACACAACGAAAUAGGAGCACAAAUUUGUCGUCAAGCGUCUUUGGUUGACCGUAAGGAUGUUGUAGAUAGACACCCAGAUAACUUCGCCGUGGUAUUCGCAGCAAUGGGUGUAAACCUAGAAACCGCAUCAUUCUUCAAAAAUGACUUUGAACAAAAUGGUGCAAUGUCCAGAGUUGCUCUGUUCCUUAACUUGGCCAACGACCCUGCUGUGGAAAGAAUUGUUACACCCAGGUUCGCAUACACCACAGCUGAAUACCUUGCGUUUGAUAGGGAAAUGAAUGUUUUCGUCAUUCUCACUGAUAUGUCGGCCUAUGCAGAUGCCCUUCGUGAAGUGUCUGCAGCAAGGGAGGAAGUACCCGGUAGGCGUGGAUACCCAGGUUAUAUGUAUACCGAUUUGGCCAGCCUAUAUGAGCGAGCUGGUAGAAUACAGGGUUGUAAUGGAAGUAUCACUCAGUUCCCUAUUCUAACAAUGCCUAACGAUGAUAUUACACAUCCUAUACCGGAUUUAACAGGAUACAUCACUGAGGGACAAAUAUUUGUUGAUAGGAAUCUUCACAACAGAGGAAUAUACCCACCUAUCAAUGUCUUGCCUUCACUAUCGCGUCUGAUGAAAUCUGGUAUAGGUAAGGGAUUAACUAGAGAAGACCAUCCAGCGGUUUCUGAUCAGCUGUACUCCGACUAUGCCAUUGGUCAGGAUACCCGUACAAUGAAGGCAGUGGUAGGUGAAGAGGCCAUGUCCUCCCAGGACCUGCUCUAUCUUGAGUUUACCGACAAGUUCGAACAGAAAUUCCUAAAACAGGGACAAUAUGAGCGGAGAAGUAUCACCGAAUCGCUAGAUAUUUGCUGGGAAUUGCUGCGCACUUUCCCAGAGGACAUGCUCAAAAAGAUCAAAAAAGAUAUAAUCAAAAAAUACUACCCGAGGGGUCAAGCCUCAAAUAAUACAGAGUGAAAUGACACUUACACACAACAAAAGGAAAAAUUGUGUAAUAGAUAAAUGCGGUGAUAAAAAUGAGAUCGCAAGCUCGGCCAGAGUGGCCUAAGCGUGACACUAUCAUAUG